AUGGAGACUGCGAGAGGCAAGGAGGUGGUGAGCGGCGCGGAGGGGAGAAGGGCCCUGAAACCAGGGCGUCGCGGCCGACGUCGAGGUCCUCUCCCCGGGGUCUGCAGACCUGCGCGACGUGACCCGGAAGACCUCGCUGGGCCGGAAGUGAGGGAGGCGCGGAGCCCCGCGGCGGAACAGCUCCCAGCCGCGUCCCGCGACCAGAAACCCCCCACAGGAGGCUCAAAGGAAGAAUGUGCAUUCGCUCAGCCAAGUACAUCUUCAAGAACAACAGAAAAGGAAGGGAAAAAACGAAAGAGAUCAAAGAAAGAUGACAAUGUUGCCUCCCAUAAGGAAAAGGCAGAGCGUAGUGAAAACCCAAAACCUCGGAAGAAGAUACCAAUUCCUCCGAUACCUACGACUCUGCCGCCCAUUGACCUGGUUCACAGAGACAUUUUGCGGGCCUGGGGUCAAGAGCUGAGGAUAAGCACUAAAGGGCCGAAAAUAGAUCUAUAUAGGCGAGUCUGUGAAUAUGCUUUCCCACACCAGAAGGAAAUUCCCACAACAGCAAAGGAGGUCAAGAUCAAAACACCAUCACAAAUAAAAGCAAAGAUGGAAAAAGAGGAACUGUCCCUGGAAAAUGGUACAACAGUGUACCCUGCUGGGACUGAGGCCCUGGAAGCGGCUCCUCCCCUCCUGGAAGGCGUGCCUGUGCCCCUGGAGGACGUGAACACAGUUGAAGUGACAACUUCUGCCCCAGAAGCGGUGCUGGCCUCUUGGGCCAGAAUUGUUGCUAAUUCUGGGAAGAGGAAAGCAGUAGAAACACUUCCAGAGGCUUCUGGUGAGAGGUGGUGUGUAGUCCACGGGAGAAGUCUCCCUGCAAGCAAGCGUGGCUGGGUUCAGCUGCAGUUUCACGCAGGACAAGCCUGGGUACCUGAGAAGAGAAAAGGAAGAGUGAAUGCACUCUUCUUGCUUCCUUCCUGCAAUUUCCCACCCUCACACUUGGAGGACAAUUUGCUUUGUCCUGAGUGUGUUCACAGGAAUAAGAUCUUAUCAAGAAGCCUUCAAUGGGAUUAA